GGAGGUUUCACAAUUUAAUAAACUUUAAUUGUCAAUUGCAGUGCUAAUUUGGACAAUAAUCCCCAAGUUUUUCUGCAUGGCCGGGUAUAUUUUAUUAUUUUCCUGCACAUUGUACUUUAAGCUCGCUAUUUAAAGGUACGUGGUAGCCAUUUUGAACUAUUGCGUCAAGGUAACAAAUUUGACGUCAAAUAUUUUUUAUACUUUGUACAAUAGUCACUGACGGAAGGAAGUGACACUAUCUCUCAGAAUGGAAUAUAACACUGAUACUAAUAUUAAUGACGUGGAACCAGUAAAAAUGGAAAUAAACGAAGCUUAUGAAGAUAAGCUUACAACAUUAUCUCAAGCUAUUCAGAAGGAACAGAAACUUCGACAAGAAAGCGAAGAGACAGCAAAGAAGCAUCUAGAGAAAAUCCAACAUUUGGAGAAAAUCAUUGAAGAUUGUAAGAAAAAAUGUGAUACAACUUUCGAUCAGCUAAGCACAAAAGCAAACGCAAUACCUGAAAUGAUUCAGGAAGCAAUAAAACCAAUGGUAAAAAUGGCUACUGACGCCGUUGAACAACAAGAGAGAGAGAAGAGGAGAAGAAUUCAAGUUGAAGAAUUGCUGGAGAAGGUGAGACAUGAAAAUGAUGUUUUGACAAAGGAGAAAGAUGAAUUGAAUCGAUGUGCCUUUAACAUGGAAUGUAAAAUUAAAGAACUUGAAGUCAUCAAUGCUUAUCAAAAAGAUGCGGUGGAAGAUCUAAAGAGAAAAAUGGCUGAACAAAAUGAGCAGUACAGUCAAUACAAACGGCAAAUAAAGAGUUUCGCCACCGUGAUUCGAAGCAAGUUUGAUGGCAUUACAAAGAUUUUGCAUAAAAAUUUUAUAUGCAAAAUCUUCCCAAGAAAGGUUUCCAAAAAGAAACUGAGAGUUGUGGCUGCAAUUGAAAAAGUUGAAGAACUGCUUCAAUUGCAUGUUGCAGAAAUACAAAAUUUUUAAUUCUCCCUCCCCCAUCCUACCUUUUUUUAUUUUUAUUUUUUUCUGGAUUUUUUUUUUCUAAUUUCUAUUUCUGAUUUUCAUUUCUAGAUUUUUUUUUCAAAACUUUCUGAUUUUUGUUCCAAAUUUCUUUUUCAAAUUUUUUCAUGAGUUUUUUUUCUAAUUUUUUUUCUGAACAUUUUUUUUUUCCAAAUUUUUUUUCUGUUUUUUUUCUAGAUUUUUAUGGCCAGUUACUUUUACAAGAGUAAAUGGCCACGCUAUGGUCAGGCACAAAUGACUAGGGCGUUAAAUACUGUCAACAAGUAUUUCAGACGGACGCGUUUUAUUUCUUGGUUUGAUCAAUUUUAAGUUUCUUUAAACAGGCGGCCACAGAAGCUUGAGUUAUCUUGCUAAACUAAAGUCGAGUUCUGAUGAUAUGCUUGUUCUGAUAAAGUAGCCCUUCUAAUUUUUUUCUUUGCUUUCAAAACUUUCUUUGGUUCUUGCGAGGUUUUACCGGCCAUUUUCUUUUUUACACAUGAAGACUGGAAUUUAUAUGAAAGCAUCUGUAUGAUGUCGUCGUGGAAAGGCGGCAAAUACCCGACGACGUCAUACUUUGUUUUCAAUAAUUUCAGUCUUUUAAUUCUCAUCUUAUUAAUAGGUUUUUUAAGGUCUUUCUGUGAUAAAGGUAGGGUGGGGUCUACGUCUAUUAUUCUUAUUGUAAAUAAUGUUUUGUAAAUUAAUUCCAAUUUUAUCACAAAGUUGUUAUGACUUUCCAGACAGUUGUUUAGCGCUUCGUGUUUAUAUGAUAGUGUUGAAGAAAAAUCAUGUAGAUCAAGAAAAUCUUUGCCUGAAUUUGAGCCUCGCAGCUUUAACAAAGUUUAACAAAAUUACCGAGAUACAAUGAUUGUUAUAUACGUUAUAUACACAAACUCUUCGAACAUAUACAUAUGAAAAAGAAGCCUUAAAACGUCAGUGACAAUCUCGUUUACCAGCGUUCACCUUCUUACAUUCACUGCUUACUAUGUUCUCUAACCUUGUCCCUAAAGCUUGUUAGGUUUUUGAUAUUUGGACAAAAUUUAAAGAACGCCGUGACAGUAUCGGUCACAAUCAUCUGCUAACCAAACCGUUUUCUGCAAAUCAUCAGCAGCAGAAUAUUUGGAAAUUUUUUUAUGGGAGCUAUGAAGUGGUAUUUGGAUUCAAAAGUUCUGCUGGAUUUUAUUUUUAUUUACCAUUUUGAGAUAUCCAGAUUCAAAUUUAGAAUAGUACAUCUUUUUCACCACAAUUUUUCAAAGGGUAGGUGCCAAUUGAUGUAGCGAAGGUACAUAACAGGGCCAUCUGUCUUAAACAACCACAGUUGGGUCCCAAUGGGUUUUAUGGUCAUUUCCCACUCUAUAAGGCGAUCACUUGCAUAACGCGACUGCCCUUUUUUAUCUCCAGACAAGAUGACAUCUGUGUGAGACAAACAUCCCCCACUUUGCUGCCGCAAAAUAAAUGCACAGUAAAGCAUCUACAUUUACCAAGGGAGUAAACUAAAUUCCCGAAGGAUUUCUAAAAUUAUUCUUUCACAACUAAAACGCAUGAGACAUGUAGUUUUCAAAAAUGUUUUCAUUUUUUAUGAGACGCCGAAUAAAAGCAGUUUAACCGACGGCAAACGAAAACCCGCAAUUUAGAACUGUCAGGUUAAAACCAAAAAGGCAAUGACGCGUCUCGUGGCGCUUUAUUAAAAAAAAAACGUUUGCUAAUUUGAGUCAAAAAUACCAGUCCAGAAUAACAAAGAAAAAUAUGCAUCAUAUAUAAAACAUAAAUACAGUGUUACACCAUUGUCGUUAGCAUUUUUAUAAAUCAAAAAUUUGUUCUUAAUCUAUUGCCAUUAUUAUCUUUGCUAAUAUAAGAAAAUGCUGACGAGUGUCAAAAGUAUAUUCAAUAGUCAUAACAAAAAAUGUCUUUUUAACAAAUAGAAUUUCCCUGUUGUAAAACGGGAAAAUAUAAAUGUU